AUGCGCCGUCGUACACUCAUCCUUACAUUAUGCAUCACCAUUUCGCUUCAGAUGAAUGAAACUGCCAUACCAGAUAAAUUUUUUGGGCGAUUCACUUUGGAAAAAAGUGAAAAUUUCGAUGAAUUCCUGGCAGCAAAAGGCGUGAAUUGGUUUGUACGAAAAAUGAUUCAGUUUGCUAGUGUUACCAAGGUCAUCGCUAAAAACAAAGUUGCGGGAUAUAACAUGGAAAAUCUGACUUCGAAAAAGAACACGCUCUACCAUGGAUGGAAGCUCGGUGAGACGUUUGAAGCAGAUGGUCUCGAUGGUAAUCGCCAUAAUGUUACGUUCACCUUUGCGGACGAUACUUUGAUGGAGAAGCACAUUCGACUGAAUGAGCCAAACGACAAAGGAGAGGUCUACUACUUUAAUAUUGACGCUGAUGAUAAAUUAGUCCUGAAAAUGGAAAACAAUGGAAUCACUUGCCGCAGAUGGUUCAAGAGAGAGAAGGAGUAA